GCUGUGGUCUAUGAAACAGACGCCGGUACAUCAGUGGAAAUAGGGUAUCUCAGAAAUAAAUGAUGGGUGCGCGUCGAUAUUUUUUCCAUCUCUAUGGAUUACCUAAAGACCACGGCCUGGUCACACUCACAUUUUGUUGUUUUUUUUUGUCCAGUAAACUAGUAAAUAAAAGCAGAUAUAAUAUACCAAAUGCUGGCCAUUCGUGCUCUGAGGUUGCAAACUGGAAACUUGGCACUCAACAAUGUAUACCAACGAACGCUUCUACGGACCAAAAGCACGAAAAACACGAAGAAAGUCAACGUAAUCAGGCAGGGCAAAAUAUUCAGCUCGUUGUUUGGAAACCGGCUGAAGGGCAGCAGCAGCCGCUGGUACCCGGCGCCCGAGGCAAGCUCACCAGCCGGCAGUGGAAACCACAAGUCGGGCUCGUCGCUGCACGCCCUGAAGUUCGGCACACCCCACUCGCACUCGUCUCGGGACAACGUCCGGCGCAUGUCCGUCCUGAACAAGGUCUUCAUGACGAACAUCACCGACAUUUUGGCCACCGGCGCAGUGGCCGAUUCCAUCGUGGGUCAAGGAGUGCAAAUUUCCCAUGUAAAGAUCACCAGCGACUUCUCGCGCAUCAAUGUCUACUGGAUGGGCAAGGAUGGAUCGACCAGCGAUGUGCUCGAGGAAACGCUGAAUCGCUUGAGCGGCAAACUGCAGCACGAGCUGUCGCAGCUGCACCUGAUGGGCGAAGUACCGCGGAUAAAGUUUGUUCGCGACAAAACGAGCAGCGGUCUCUACCAGGUCCAGGAAGUGCUCGCCAAACUAGACCUCCAGCAUAAACACUCUAGUUCUAGACCAACUGGCCAAACGGAAUCGGAGGAAGUUGAUGCAGAGAGUUCUCAGGCUGCUUCGGACACUGAAUGGCCGGAGAUGAGACAGGAUUUCCUCAGUUUUAACCAAAGCUCAGUAAUGGACAAGAUUCUCGGCAAGAUGCGCAAGUCCAAAGAUGCCUGGGUUCAACACAAGCAUAAUGUUUCCAAGACCUCUUGAUAGGUGGCAGGGCGUUUUGACUGUUUUGACCGUUUUUGUUGUACUCUAGUUUAUUGUAGAUAAAUUUAAAUUAAAUUUACAAUUUGUUAAAAGACAAA